AUUGAGCGAUUGGAUGUCAGCAGCCUAGCGCAGACUUCCAGUGCAGUGGCCUCGAGCACCGAUGGCAGCAUCAAUGCAGACUCUGUUGAUGGGACCCCUGAUCCUCAGCGUACGAAAGUGGCUAUCACACAUCUACAGCAGAAGAUCCUGAAGUUGACAGAACAGAUCAAAAUUGAACAAACGGCUCGAGAUGACAAUGUGGCAGAGUACCUGAAACUGGCCAACAAUGCAGACAAGCAGCAGACCGCCCGCAUUAAGCAAGUGUUUGAGAAGAAAAAUCAAAAGUCAGCCCAGACCAUCUUGCAGCUGCAGAAGAAACUAGAACAUUACCAUCGAAAGCUGCGAGAGAUUGAACAGAAUGGGAUCCCUCGGCAGACGAAGGACGUCUUCAGGGAUAUGCAUCAGGGUUUGAAAGAUGUUGGAGCAAAAGUCACAGGCUUCAGUGAAGGAGUAGUAGACAGCGUAAAAGGUGGGCUUUCCAGUUUCUCUCAAGCCACACAUUCAGCAGCAGGAGCUGUGGUUUCCAAGCCCCGGGAGAUUGCCUCCCUCAUAAGGAACAAGUUUGGGAGUGCAGACAACAUUGCUAACCUGAAAGACUCCUUAGAAGAAGGCCAAGAAGAUGGGACAGGAGGCAAGGCUCUAGGUGUUAUUCAGAACUUUCAGUCAAGCCCAAAAUAUGGCAGUGAAGAGGAUUGCUCCAGUGCCACGUCAGGUUCAGUGGGAGCCAACAGCACAACAGGGGGCCCUGUGGGAGCUUCUAGCUCCAAAACAAACACUCUGGAUAUGCAGAGCUCAGGGUUUGAUGCAGUACUGCAUGAGAUUCAAGAAAUUCGAGAGACACAGGCAAGACUGGAAGAAUCAUUUGAGGACCUUAAGGUUCGCUAUCAGAGGGAUUACUCACUAAUAAUGCAGACUCUGCAGGAGGAGAGGUACAG